AUGGUAGAGACAAAGUGCCACCGUCCAAAAGAAAGGCGGAAGCGGGAUGCUAAAGGAGAAAAAGCCAAGAUGAAGGACGAGCCACAGAGAAGACCUGGAAGGUUGUCUGCUGACCCUCCAAAGCCAGGGCCCAAGCCAAAAAAAGCCCCUGCAAAGAAGAGAGAAAAGGUACCCAAGGGGAAGAAGAGGAAAGUAACCCAUUAGAAUGCGAACAAUCCUGCAGAAAAUGGAGACUCCAGAACAGACCAGAUGCUGAGAGCUGAAAGUGCUGGAGAUGCCAAGUGUGCAUUUUUGAUAACUGUCUACUUCUGGUAA